CCCAAUCACUCCUUCGGCAUCAAAUCCAUCCCUUAUUCAUCUGCUACGAGGGUUUCCCAUCUCACCGAGACAAUUCUACAGCGUCCGAUAUCCACGUCUCGACGCUGCUAGCGGUCCAUACGCAGUCGCGGUUGUCGGUUGUUCUCGCCUCACCUCACCCUCCAGCCCAUCUCCUCCACAUAAUUGCCAUCAUGACGGAAGCUGAGAACUUUGAGGACGAUCUCUUCGCCGAUCUCUACGAAGAUACUGACGCAAAGCCUGCCGCCCCGGUCGCGAGUGCGGCUCAGAAUGCUGACACAAAGGUCCACGACCAGCCCGAACCAGCCGCUGCCCCAGCUUCCACUGGCGACGAGGACAACUCUGGCUACGAAGCCAUGAACCAGGAUGCAGACGAUGAUGAAGAUGAAGUGGACUUCAACUUGGGAGGCGGCGGCCCUUCAAACAAUACCAAUGCGAACCCGCAAGACGACGCGCCAGCGACUCCGCCCUACGGGACCGUUCACAAAGCCAGUGCUAAGGAAGAUGGGAAAAUGUUCAUCGGUGGACUGAACUGGGAGACAACAGACCAAUCCCUGCGAGAUUACUUUUCACAAUUCGGAGAAGUCGUCGAGUGCACUGUGAUGAGAGACAGCAGCUCCGGCCGGUCCCGUGGCUUUGGCUUCUUGACCUUUAAGGACCCCAAGACGGUCAAUAUUGUCAUGGUCAAGGAACAUUUUCUGGAUGGCAAGAUUAUUGAUCCCAAAAGAGCUAUUCCCCGUGACGAGCAGGAGAAGACGAGCAAGAUAUUUGUGGGAGGAGUAAGCCAGGACACCACUGACCAGGAGUUCAGAGAGUACUUUGCCCAGUUUGGUCGAGUAGUCGACGCCACAUUGAUGAUGGACAAGGACACCGGCAGGCCUCGUGGCUUCGGCUUUGUCACCUUUGAGAGCGAAGCGGGCGUGGACGCCUGUAUCAAUGUGCCGCUCGAAAUCCAUGGGAAGCCUAUUGAGGUUAAGAAGGCUCAGCCGAGAGGCAACCUACGAGAGGAGGAAGAAGCGUCCAAGCGAGGAAAGUUCCGAAAGGGCGAUGACCAGUCUGUCCAGGGCGGUAUGGGUCAGCAGAUGGGCGGUAACAACUCGGCCAUGACGCCGCAGCUCAUGGCUCAAUACUUCCAGCGAAUGCAGCAGUACUUUGCCAUGAUGCAGUCGCAGAUGGCCAUGUCUAGAGGCAUGCCCAUGAACCCGGCCAUGUGGCAACAGAUGCAACAGAUGCAGCAGAUGCAGCAGAUGAUGGGCCGCGGCGGCGGUCCUGGACAGAACAUGAUGGGCCAGAUGAACCCCCAGAUGAUGCAGCAGAUGCAACAGAUGCAGCAGCAGAUGAUGGGCCAACAGGGAGGCCAGGGCAACGGUGACGGCGGCUACAACGGCUACGACCAGUACCAACAGCAGGCCUCUCAGGGUCCCCACGGCGGCCGACGGGGUGGCCGCGGAAAUUAUGGAGGUGGCGGAUACGGGAUGGGAGGAGGAGGCGGAGGAGCCCCCACGUCCUGGGAGGGCAUGUACGACGAUGUGCCGCAGCCGAAUGCGAACCAGGGGUCGUCUCGGCGCGGCGGAAGCGUCGGCCACGGAGGAGGCUCGGAUGCCCAGCACUCUCCGCCAGCAAACGCCCCGACCGGGCCCAAGAAUGCCGGGAAGCCUGGCGCCAACUACCGCGGCGGAGGACGAGGCGGAAACAGGGGCUUCCAUCCUUAUGCCCGAUGA